AGUUUAAACUUCAGAAUUAGGUUCAACCACGGCCUACUAUAGAGAUAUCUCUAGUAGGCCGUGGUUCAACUUUCCCCAUAUAACAGUCGCUUGGUAACCAGUUUGUAACAUCAUAUAGAAAGUUCGUGACGUGUAGUAUUGCAACCUUGUGACGUUAUACAACAAGUCUGUGACGUCAUAAUGACGUAUUAUUACUUUUAUUUCAUCGCUGCAUUGAUGAUGUCAUCAUUUGCUGUAUCUUCUCAAAAAGCUCAGUCCUUCUCAACAGCUGGGACCUUCACAAUCGCAAAGAAACAUAAGCAAAGUGACGUCAUCAACUUUGAACUGGUGCCGUUCAAGACUGCGUUACAGUCGUUCUUUGUUAACCAUUGCAUAGACGGUGGAUCUUGCCUCACAACGAAAUGUGCCCAUGGUAAAAUAUACAACGUAUCCAGUGGUUGUUGUGCAUGUACGUGUAGAAGAGGUUACAUAGUUGCGCUCAACCGACGUUCGUGUGUUAGAGUAAGGUUUGGCGAAUGGUCCAGUUGGAGUUCAUGCAUUGUAUCUGAGUGGGGUGGGGUGCAACACAGAGAACGAAUCUGUAAAACAAAGUUAGGAAGAUAUGCGAAUAAUAGAUGUGUGGGAGCUGGUAGCCAAUCAAGAUCAUGUUCUAAAGUUACCAAAGAUUUUCGGAUUCGUAAAAACCUGUUGGAUUUGACCGAUGAGGAACUUCAUGAUUUCAUUCAAGGAUUCACUAAAUUUAAACAAGAUCAUUCGCUCUUUGGGUAUCUUAACACAGCCAAGUGGCACGGAUGGCCCCAUAGAUGCCCAUGGUACAAGCAUGGUAUUGAAGGGCAUAAGAAUGGGCAUUGUAGUUGGCAUGAUCAUCCCAUGUUUUUACCAUGGCACAGAUUAUACGUUGUUCAGUUCGAAAUCGGUUUAUCUCGUCAUAUGAAAAACAAAACGCUUGGAAUUCCUUACUGGGAUUGGACGGAUCCUACUUACAAAGGAAUUCCAGAUUUAGUGAAGAACCCGACCAUUUAUGAUCCCAUAUUGAAGGAAUAUGUUCCCAAUCCAUUCUAUAGAACUUAUAUACCAAGUCACGCCAAAGUAAAUAACCAAACAUUAUAUAAUUUUCGUCUGCUUGAUAAAGAGGGGUUUACGAAGAAACAUUUGAUGCUUAGAAAUGUCAUACAAGCACUAAAUAUGCCGUACUAUAAAAAGUUUGACGAUACUUCUGUUUUUUCACACGACCAGAUCCACAAUUGUGUUUGUACUUCACCUAACGAAGUUGGAGUAGAUUGCACGUACAGUAUGGACACCACUGACUAUUCUGCAUUCGACGCCAUGUUUUUCCUGCACCACAGUCAAAUGGAUCGACUGUACGCACUUUUUGGUCACUUGAGGGAGCUAAUGGGUCAACAGGAUUGGACAAAAAAUAGUUUCCUUCAACCUUAUAAAAAUUCGUAUGAUUAUGAUUUCGACAAACAACCUGAUGUUUCUGGGUCAUGGGAUUGGCCAAUGUCCCCGUUUUGUAACGCUUCAAUGAACCCGAGUUAUGUCACGUUAAAUAAAAACUCGUGGACUGUCGGCAAUUCUUAUUAUUACCAAGAAUUGUUUGGGUAUAAGUACGACACCUUUGAUCUUGCUAGAAGAGAUUGGAAACUUCUUCUUAAAGAUUUGGAACGUACGUUUAAUAGCAACAACUUUGGCCAUUCGACUCCUUUUAUAUCAGAGUUAGGGGCAGAUCUUGGUGUUAUUUCUAAAACAACAAGAAAGUUUAAAGAGGGCUGCACAACUUAACUUAAACCUUUAAGUUCUAUUUCGUUGCAGUAGAAACUUCUUUCAAAAGUAGAUUUAUUUUUGUUAAGUACAUAAUCAAGUAUUUUGUUCUUCUGUUUGAAAGUAUUUGUAAUCAAGUUCUGGUUGAAAUUGAUCUAUAUUAUAGUUCUGUAUGGCUGUGUUGGAGCAAAGGCUUUUUAUUCUUAUUAGAUGUAAUAGCAGGGUGGGAGAGAUGGGACACGUUUUCAUUCGAUUUUCUCUUCCCAUUUGGUAGUAAACCAAGAGCAUUCAAUGAGUUAAAAAAUGUAUCCCCACGACUCCCAUAGACAGUUGUUAAUUGUUUAAAAAGCGAUCGUUGGUAAUUAUGUGCUAAAAGUGUCCCAUCCUACUAAAGAAGAAUCAUCCACGAUACAAAAUGCAUUUAAUAAAAAAUCGUCAACAACAACUCCCCUGUGCGUGGCAUAUUUAAUAGUUCCUUUUUUACCAAGUAAUUUAGUUGAAUUGUUUAUAAACGUUUAAUAAACGGUUACUUGUGUAUAAGCUCUCUGGUGCCACAUAGGGUUCAAUUAUGCUUUAAAUUGCUUAUAAAGUAAGUCGCUAUCCUACUUUGAUGUAUAGGCAUAGUAAUAGAUUAGGGUGGGAGGAGAUGGGACACCGUUUUAUUCUAUUUUCUAUUUGGUAGUAAACAAAGAUCAUUCAAAGAAUUAUAAACCCGUAUCUUCACGACUCCCAUAGGCCGUUGUGUUAAUUGAUUAAAACACGAUCAGGAUGGUUAGAUAUUAUGUACUAAAGCUGUCCUAUCUUUCUCCACCCUCCUAUAUGUUAAACCUGCUUUUAUUUGAACUUUAUGCUUCUUGUAAGCAUAGCCCUGUUUAACAUAACACGAAAGGUACAGCAGCGUAGAUAUUUUUAAAUAAUAAAUUGUUACCCAGCAGCAAACAAUGUUAAAUUCAAUAAAAAAGUGCAAUAAUUGUUUUGAAUUUGCUUUAAUUUAAUAAUGCACAUGGGAGACCAUUUGUAAAUACAAACAGAAAGUUAAGCUUUAAUUACUCGCUAAUUAGGCGAUUGCAUGCAUAAUCAAACAAAGAAAUAGUAUACGUGGCUAUACUAUGUAAUAGCACGUAACGACCUAACUUUAGUCAGUCGAUUGCAAAUUCUACAAAAUUUGACUAAUUUUUCUAAGAUAAACCUAAAACUGGACUGAUUCCCGGUAUUUCUGCAAUUUUUUUCGCUAAUUUUGUAAAUUUUAAUUUGAUUAGGGUUGCUUAGACAUGGACGAUUUCUCGCUUAUUUUUUGCUAAAUUGAACUCAAGCUAGAAAAGACAUUUAAAACAACAAUUUUGGUUGAUCUAUAAAUUCUCUUGUUUUCAAAAUCACGAAACAGAAAGCCAUAAAAUGAGAAUUUACGAACUGAAAAAGGCGUAUAUAGCAGCAAAACAGCGCUAUUCGACAUGCAUUUAACUGUGUCGCGAAUUUCGUUUGCUAAUUGCAGAACAAAUGGACAUAUUUGGUGCUAAAUUUUGUAGUUGAAAAUUUUGUGCGAAUAAAAUAAAUGAAGCCAGAAUCAUUUGGAAUGUUUGCACAGUGUAACACAGUGUCACCGGCUUUAGGUCAAUACGAAAUUAACGUCAUAGUUUGGAGUAAGUACGUCGAACGAGAAGUUGCUGCUAUGCAUGAUCUGUAACGAUCGCACGAACGUAAUAAGAGUAGCACACGAGAAUAGUUGUUACAAGCAGUAUAAA